CUACAUCUCCCAGUAUGCACUGCUGUCACAGGCCUGCACAGGAAAAGAACGUUUAUUACAAAGCAGAAAAAAAAGGCUUUCAACCAAAAAAACUAACGCUUUUAGACUUUUUUAAAAAAAAUGCAGGAGUGAUACAUUGUGGGUUGUAGCGUUUCACAUUCAUUUGCUUGAUGAGCAUAAAUGAAAAAACUGGUAUUACAAAAAUACAUUGCAAGGCGUACGAACGAACAAGAAGCCAGUCCUUCUGCGAUAGAAGACAUGCACCAAGGGACGAAUGAGGAAACUCAAGGUUGAAAGAUGGAAUCUGUAGGGCAGGGUUCUGAACUGGAAUGCGUGCACACUAAAGACGAGGUCCCCGAGUAUGAACUGGUCAAAAUUAAAGAAGAAAACGACGAAGACGACGACGUGGAGGAGACCCAGUAUGUCUGUAAUGGCUGUGGCAAGAGUUUCUGUGAAUUAGCAAUGCUUGACGUUCACAAGCAGACACACAGCACAAACACCCCCUACCAGUGUUCAGAAUGCAAAGAGAGCUUAAUUCGCCCCGGGAGCUUAAAAAAACACCCGAGAGCUCACACAAAGCACAAGACGCAGGUGCACAUCUGCACGCAAUGUGGGAAGAGCUUCAGUCAGUACUGGUACCUCAGAGAGCACUGGCGGAUUCACAACGGACAGUCUGCCUAUCGCUGUAUUGUGUGCGAGAAGAGCUUCAACCAGUCAGGGGACCUUAAAAAACACCUGCGCAUUCACACAGGCGAGACUCCCUAUCACUGUACUGACUGUGGAAAGAAAUUCACUCAGUCGGGUCACCUACAGAAACACCAGCGCACCCACACAGGAGAGACACCCUAUCACUGUACUGACUGUGGAAAGAGCUUCAGCCAGUCGGGUCACCUACAGAAACACCAGCGAAUCCACACGGGAGAGACUCCGUACGGCUGCACUGUGUGUGGGAAGAGAUUCAGCAGGAUGGACACCUUUAAGGUCCACCACCGGAUACACACAGGAGAGAAACCGUACCACUGUACGGCCUGCGACAAGCGCUUCAGCCACUUAGCAGGACUUAAAGCACACCAGCGGGUUCACACAGCUGAGACGCCCUACUCCUGCACUGUGUGUGGGAAGAGUUUCAGCCAGUCGGGGACCCUUAGAAGACACGAGCGCAUUCACACAGGCCAGACCCCAUAUCACUGCACUGACUGCGGCCAAGGGUUCACACAGCUGUCACACCUUAAGUCACACCAGCGAACUCGCACCGCGAAAAAGAAGAGCGACCCGUCAAUUUAACAGGUCUCUUUUACUCCCAUAAUCUGAGCAGUUAAUUUUCAUAAAACGAAAAACUGAACUGAAAACAAUUGAGGUACAGUACAUAAGUUUUUCAGCCUGACGGCAAAGCUGUCCAUGGGCAUUUAUAGAAAUGUAAACAAAUGUUUGAACUGUUCUGGAGGGAAAGGUGAAUAUUCUUAAUGAUAACCUGACCAAACAGUCUUAAACAAGAGAUAGAUUAAUAUGAAGUAAUAGUAAAACUGGUUUCACAGACCUGUGGGUAAGGCUGUCCAUGUAAACCAUUUUUUUAAACAGUGCCUCCAGACACCAGCAGAUGGCAGACUUGUUAUUUCCCAAUUCACUUUUUUUUUUUAUUGCUGAAGUUUUGGUAUGAUACAAAAAUUCAAUGCAUCAGAGAUGAUUUGAUCUUCUGGUUGUGUAUUUUGUUAGUCAAUGUAGAGAUUGGGAAGCUACUGCUUAAAGUUACAUUAUUGAACAGUGGUUUACAUUCAGAGGCAUGUAAUCGGUUUGUCUUGACUCCUCUUUCUGAAACCAGCAGAGGAGGCACCUGAGCCAGCAUUAUCAACUAAUCCAAACCACAGCCACCAGUUCUGAAGAGCUCGAAAGCAGGGCUGAGGAGGGCAGGGUAACUCAUUGGAAUUGCAGUGGAGUGUGAGUCUUCCCUUCACCACCAGGUCCCAGAUUCCAAUCUAGUCGAGGCUAGCAGUGAUCGAAAGCCAUUUCCAUCUUGUUACUUUUGAGUUUUGAGUGAAAUAAGCUGAGGUGGUUUCUGACCAGUUCCUAGUGCAGAGCACACAUCCCUCGUCACUAAUGGGCACUUUAUCAGACAGCCUGUCCCUGAGUCUGAACUCGCCUCCUCAAAGCAUGUUUGUUCCAGGGCCGAAGCACGAUUUCUGGACAGCGUUUCACUUCGAUCCAGUAUCUUUCAUAGACACUAAACACAUUUCAAUAAAUGCAAAAGAAACAAAACAUUAAAACCUGGACAAGUGUGGGAUUUCUGGGAGGUUUGGAUACAUCGGCAGUAAAACCUUCGCUAUUCGUGUUUCACCUGUAUUAGGACUGAAACAGCUGUUUUGCACUUUAGACUGUUCCCAGGAGUUCUACCCUGGCAGCAAAAUAAAUAAAACCAAAUGCAUUUUGUCCACAUUGCAGAAUUCCCCAAAAAACGGAUCAUUUUUAGCUCUGCCUUUUUUUCAUAGUUUGCAAGUCAAAGGUUUAAUUUAUAUCGGGAGGUUACAUUAAAAAAAAAAAAAAAAAAAAGAUUAAAAAAACCUGCAGGUAUGGAAAGUGCAAUACUGAUACUUCUGAACUCAAUAAAGAUGUACCUUAUGGUGUGAAAUAAAUUUGAUAGAAUGAAUGCAAUGUUUCGAACUGGUUCAGUUAAAAACCUGAACGUUUAUAUAAUCUUGUUCAUUUCUAGUAUUGUUUUCUGUUAAUUCCAGUUCCUGGCGCUGUUUUACUAAAGGGUGCUAGUUUAAUAUUUGUAAGGUGUCUGAAGUGUACCCUUUAGCAAAGACAAUAUGUAGUGUGUUCCUUUGCUAAUAAACAGUGACAUUUGAAAUAGUUGGUAUUGUGUGAAGAAGCUUUUCUGUCUCUGCACAGCAGUAGUUGGGACACCCUACCCCAACAGAUAGCCUGGAGUUUCUCUGUCCAGUUGAGCUUUUUAAUCUGGGCUUGCCGUCUGAACUAAUUUAACCACGUCUCUAAGAUUUUGUAACAUUUUUCAUAUUGCAGCUGUUUGAUUAUUUUUUAAAGAUAAUUUCCAUAUCUCUUAAAGGGCAAGCCCAUUUUUCCUGCAUCGUUAAGUGAGGGUUAAAGUGGACUUUUGAAAAAGAUAGUGCGCUUGUAACGCUGGGUGUAGGGUUACUGUGAGCCUAUUGAUCGAAGCGUUGAGGGGAAAUGUAAAUACACUUCCCCUGGCUGUAUGAAAUAGCUUGGCUGACUUCCUCACUUAACUCUCCAAUCGGUCUGAGCAGCGGAAAGCGCAUCUUCAUAGCCCCCCUGGGAAAUAGAACACAGAAGCGGAGCACGGGAGAGUGUAUCAGAGUUUCAAUUACCUUCCAGGAGAGCGUCGUGCGGAGUGGGCUGGGCAGGGGGUGUCCAAGUGAGACUGCUGGCAGAUUAGACUGGCCCAGUUAUAUCCCACAUAGCACUAUAGUUGCUGGAAGUUCAGGAUUUCACGAAUUUGUCCUUUUAUAAUUAAAGCAGCCAUAGCUUUUUUAAAAACCAUUUUAAAAGCAUCUCCAUCUCUUGGUAUUUGCAGGUGUGGCUGCACGCUUCCUUCAGCCAGGGAGGAAUGUGUGUGUGACUUCAAAUGAGAGGCUCUGGGAAGCCUACAGCCAGGAGAUGAUUAGGAGUAAAUAUGUGACAAGAAAAAGAUUACGGCACUUUUCUCACAAGGGCCCUAGAAGUUAUGUAGGCUUUUUAAUAAUUACUUAAUACGCCUUUCUUUUGUAGGGACAUUUUAACUAGUUAACUACGCCUUACAACCCCGUUACACUUUUCAGAUUGACUAAGAUUUAGAUGCAAUACAAAGUUUGUAGAGUUUUAAGGAAUAACAACUUGUUGAUUUUUAAAAGACAGCGAAGGAUGCUAAUUAGUAAAAGUACAAGUCUAAAAUCCAAAGAUGCACCAUUUCAAAAUACAAGCCGUGGGAACACAUUUUGAACUACAAAAACAAGGCACCAAAAUGAACGAUACCUGCAGUAAUUAACUGUGGAUUUCAAGUAAUUUCGGAUGGUCAUUUCUGAGAGAGGCUAGAGUUAGGUGGACAUGGCCCCUUUAGGGCAGGACUAUGGCUCUGGAAACAAACAGGACUUGAGUUUUAAGUUACUUUUCACAAGUACUUAAACAUCCCUACUAGAGCCACAGUUUGGACUGGUUAUAUUAUCAGGAAAUACACUUGUGUGAGCCUCACUCAAUAUACACUGACCACUUUAAAUCCUGGGCACAUACUAGUACUAAAUCUGAGUAAACACCACAUUCCUUUCUUAGUAGCCAUGGCCGGGUGCCUUCGCUGUGCCGCAUGGCACUUCUUUGCAGGCUGGGUGUUUCAAGCAGAUUGAAAAACAGUUUGCAGGGAGGAGUGGAAACGAUAAGUACUAAAGAAUAGAAAUUGAAGCGGGAGGAAUUUUUACAUUUGGAGAUGCAAUCAGUUGUUGACGCUCCCUGCGCGGGUGACAAAUUGAAGGUGCCUCAGUCUAGUUUAUAACCCAGAUCAGGUCAAACGAAAAAUAUUGGAGGUCUUGCCAGAGACAGCCCAGCAGGUUCAGAUAAAUGGACUGAUCAUUUCUUAUUGAGAAACAAUUCCUAAAAGGUAGUUUACUGCACGACUGGGAAGCGCCGGGGAGUCAAUGUAGCUAGGUGCACCUGCCCUGACCCUUCCAUUGGUGCUGGAAUUAAAUGGAUAGAGACAACGCUCUUUUCUGAUGGCAGAACUCCAUGAAAGAGACACUCCAUUUGUUAUAAGUAGGGGUUCUGAUGAAGUGGAGGGUGCUUUUUUUCAGGCUCACAAGGCCGGCCUUCAGACUGCGACUUGAAAUGGAUAAAAGAACCUGAUUGUAUUUUACACUCCCUUGGCUUUGAUUAAUGCGUCUGGCUAUGUGAAUGCAGGACCCCUCCACAAGGUGGCGCCAGCAAUCCAUAUGUCAACGUGACUCGGGAAUAGAUAUCUAUAUUGGCGAAAUAUAUUUUGCUUUAUAAAAACCUGCUGAAUAAUAUUAGGUUAACUAAUUAAAUUACAAACCGCUUUGUAGUUUUCCAUAUACUUAACAAAAAACUGACAAAUUGAAAAAUGUGAC